AUGUCAACGAGUGAUGAAAGCAUAAAUGAAUUGCUUGAAGAAUUAGAACAAGAGGAUGAAAGGAAUGACGAUUUCAUAGAUAGGUAUAGAGCUCAGCGAAUGCAGGAGAUGCAUGAUUACUUUGGCUCAAUUCAGCGGAAGAAGGAGGAAGGAUUUGGAAAGGUUAACUACAUGGAUAAUGAAUCACAGGUAAUGAAAAUUACAACUAGCACCGCCAGAGUGGUAAUACACUUCGAACUUGAGACAUUCAAAAAAUGCCAAUAUAUGGACGAGAAACUGGAAGAGAUAGCAAGGAAUUAUUUAAGUACUAAGUUUAUCAGUAUCAGUGUUGAAAAUGCUCCCUUUUUAGUGGAAAAGUUAGGAAUCAAAGUAUUACCAUUUGUGAUCUGCUACUUGAACGGUAAUGAAUGUGAGAGAAUUAUUGGGUUUAAUAAAAUGGGUAAUGAUCCAAAUGGUUUCAGAACAUCUAAAUUGGAAGGUGUUUUGAUGAGAGCAGGUAUUCUCGAAAGGCGGCCUCAAGAUGCCGAUAGAAUAAGUAACCUAAGAAUAGCCAACAAGAAUACCGAUCUUGUAUCAAAAUUGAGAGAAAAGAACGAUUCUGAUACCUCUGACUUGGAUAUCUGA